UUGGCCGCGACAGCCAGUGCCGUGGAACUGGGUAAUUUCGUUCGAGGGAGGGUUAUCCAGCUAUCGAGUUAGCGGCGGCGAGCGUCGACGAAAUACGCCCGCCGCGUAAAGAUAGCGCUGGUCAAGGGAGCGACCAGGCGGACGGACUAUAGGGAAACUAGCGCAUAAAGGUGCUCGGUAAGCGACUGGUGUCCUCUGCGGCGUCAGGGAAGCUAACGCAGUCCUUGUCUUCUGCGUUUGAUCCGGCGAAGAUGGUGAAGCCAGACAUCCAGACUCUGGCCCACCACCUGAAGCAGGAGCGGCUGUACGUGGCCUCUGAGAAGCAGCUGAUCCAGAGGCUCAAUGCUGAGGUGCUGAAGACCGCCGAGAAGUUGUACCGUGCGGCCUGGAUCGCCAAACAGCAGCGCAUCAACCUCGAUCGACUCAUCCUCACCAGUGCGGAGGCCUCCCCAGCCGAGUGCUGCCAGCAUGCCAAGGUGCUGGAGGACACACAGUUUGUGGAUGGCUACAAGACCCUGGGUUUCCAAGAGAGCAUCUAUGGGGAGUUCCUGGGCCGCCUGCGGGAGAACCCGCGGCUGGUGGCCUCCUGCCUGGUGGCCGGUGGAGGGCUGAGCCUGGAGCCCACCCAGAGUGUCAUCCACACGGUGUUCACCUCGCUCUACGGUAACUGCAUCAUGCAGGAGGACGAAAGCUACCUGCUGCAGGUGCUGCGCUACCUGGUGGAGUUUGAGCUGAAGGAGAGCGAGAACCCGCGCCGCCUGCUGCGCCGGGGCACCUGCGCCUUCAGCAUCCUCUUCCGGCUCUUCUCCGAGGGCUUGUACGCAGCCAAGCUCUUCCUGACGGCCACGCUGCACGAGCCCAUCAUGCAGCUGCUGGUGGAGGACGAGGACCACCUGGAGACGGACGCGGCCAAGCUGACGGAGCGCUUCACGCCGGCGCAGCAGGAGCGCCUCUUCGGCGAGAAGGGCUCCGAGGGCUACAAGCGGCGCGUGCAGGCCGCCGUGGAGGCCAACGAAGCCAAGCUGGUGGCGCUGGUCAACAAGUUCAUUGGCUACCUGAAGCAGAACACAUACUGCUUCCCGCACAGCCUGCGCUGGAUCGUGUCGCAGAUGUACAAAACGCUGUCGCGCGUCGAGCGCUUGGAGAUGAGCGAGGUACGCACCAUGUGCACCGACCUGCUGCUCACCUGCUUCAUCUGCCCGGCCAUCGUCAACCCCGAGCAAUACGGCAUCAUCUCGGACGCGCCGAUCAACGAGGUGGCCCGCUUCAACCUUAUGCAGGUGGGGCAGCUGUUGCAGCAGUUGGCCAUGGCAGAUGUUGAUGAGGGAGACCCACGACGGAAGGGGGGUCUGUCCAAGUUCGAUAAAAGCUGUGUUGCUGCUUUCCUCGACGUUGUGAUUGGUGGGCGAGCUGUGGAGACGCCACCCAUGUCCUCCAUGAACCUUCUGGAAGGCCUGAGCAGAACAGUGGCUUAUAUAACUCAGAACCAGCUCUUUUCACUGGUGGACUUUGUACGGAGCGUGAUGAUGGGUGACCAACUCCGGGAGGAGGAGCGGCUGGCUCUGGAGACCCUGCUGGUCAACAUCCCUCAGUCACGUGCGGCCAAGAGCAACAGCCUGGAGCUGACGCCCUCCAACACGCCGCAGCUGUCCCCGGCCACCACGCCGGCCAACCGCAAGAACCGCCUGCAGAUAGGACAGCAGCUGGUGGCCAUCACAUCCUGGGACCCCUCUACCACCGCCCUAUCUGCACACAUUCCUUUAGUCACCCCUUUUGCUUCCCGCAGCCGCAGCCGUACCAACAUCGCCCAGGAGGGGGAGCCAGAGCCCAGCUCACAAGAGUCUCUACAGGAAGUGAUGCCAGAGGAAGUUCUUGUAAUCUCACUGGGCACCGCCCCCCAAACUGUUCCGGGCAUGAUGUCCGAGAACGAGGUGCUGACACUGCAGCUGGUAGACGGGGCGCAGGGCGAGGCCCCUGCUGACGAUGCCAAGCUCCACGGCAAGCCGGACAAGACGCUGCGCUUCUCCCUCUGCAGUGACAACCUGGAGGGCAUCUCGGAAGGGCCAUCAAAUCGCUCCAACUCGGUGUCGUCACUGGACCUGGAGGGCGAGUCAGUGUCGGAACUGGGGGCAGGGCCUCCCGGUGGCAAUGGGGCUGAGGCACUACAGCUGCUGGAGCACGAGCAAGAGGCCCCUGACCUGAAGCAGGAGGAGCGCCUGCAAGAGCUGGAGAGCUGCUCUGGGGUGGGCAGUACCUCCGACGACACUGAGGUCAGGGAGGUGAGCUCCAGGCCCAGCACGCCGGGCCUCAGCGUGGUCUCAGGCAUAAGCGCCACAUCCGAGGACAUCCCCAACAAGAUGGAGGACCUGCGCUCCGAGUGCAGCUCCGACUUCGGGGGCAAGGACUCGGUGACGAGCCCAGAUGGGGAGGAGUCGGCUCACGGGGCACACCAUCUGACGUCCCCGCCUUCGCAGGCUGAGUCCCUCCUUGCCAUGUUCGACCCCCUCGCCUCCGGGGAAGGCUCAUCCACGGGCACCAUCGUGCGGCCCAAGGUGCACCACACCCGCCCAUCCCACCCCCCGCCGGACCCCCCCAUUCCAGAGGCGUGCAUCCCAGGUCAGGAGCCACGCCACACUGGUGCCCCCUUUUGCCCACACAGCCUGGCUCAGCAGGACCAGCGGCACUCGUACCCGGACCGGCUGGUUCGCAGCCGCAGCUCAGACAUUGUCUGCACUGGCCGCCGACCCACCAGUGACCCGGGUCUCAACCGGCGGGUUGUGCCCGAGGAUCGUGAGCUGGGUCCCGCUGGCUUCGCCCUAGGACCCUCGUCCUCUCCCAGCAAGGACUCUCUGAAAGGAGAGGUGGAGGAGAGGAAAGACAGUGAUGACGAGAAGUCGGACAGGAACCGACCAUGGUGGAAAAAGCGCUUUGUGUCAGCCAUUCCAAAAGCGCCUAUCGCCGCUUUCCGGAAGAAGGACAAGCACGAGAAGGAGGAGCUGGGUCCCGAUCGUGCCCCGCCAGAUGACCCGCUGCCUCGGCACAGCCGCCAGGCCCAGGAGGCCGAGGACAUCUUGGACAAGUACCGCAACAUCAAGCGCAGCAGCCCGGGUGACGGCAUGGCGUCCGCAGGGGCCGCUUAUGACGGGCAAGAGCCCUGUGGGGGGGAUGGUGAGAGCAUUCACGGCUCCCCCAGGGAAGAGGCCCUCCAGAACGUCUCCGCGGACGACCUGCCGGAUUCGGCCAGCCAGACGGCCCAGCCACAGGACUCCAAGUUCUCCUUCAGUGAUGCCAAGAAGAAGCUCCGCCUGGCCCUGUGCUCCGCCGACUCUGUCGUCUUCCCUAUGAUGGCCCCGGCCAGUACGCGCAACGGCCUGCCCGACCACACCGACCCCGAAGACAAUGAGAUCGUCUGCUUCCUGAAGGUCCAGCUGGCAGAAGCCAUCAACCUGCAGGAUAAGAACCAGAUGGCCCAGAUCCAGGAGACCACGCGCUGCGUCAGCCGGCUGGACACGCGCACCUGCCGCAAGCUGCUGGCCGCCAUUGCCGACGACUACAGGAAGCGGGCACCUUACAUCGCCUACCUGACACGCUGCCGGCAGGGCUUGCAGACGUCACAGGCCCACCUGGAGCGGCUGUUGCAGCGGGUGCUGCGUGACAAGGAGGUGGCCAACCGCUACUUCACCACUGUGUGCGUGCGAUUGCUCCUUGAGCGUAUGGAGGCCAAGAUGCUCGACUUCAUCCGAGCAUUCCAGUCCUGCACAGCGGCCGAUGACAAGACUGCAGCAGUGGAGGACUUUCUGCGAUACCUGUACGGCGCAAUGGCCCAUGACGCCAUCUGGCAGUUCGCCAGUGAGGAGCAGCUGCAGGACGCCCAGAUGGCCAUUGAGCGUAGCGUCAUGAACCGCAUAUUCAAGCUGGCCUUCUACCCCAACCAGGACGGGGACAUCCUGAGAGACCAGGUCUUGCAGGAACACAUCCAGAGGCUCUCCAAAGUCGUGACAGCCAAUCACAAGGCUCUGCAGAUACCAGAGGUGUACCUGAAGGAGGCGCCGUGGCCCUCGGCACAGGCCGAGAUCCGCACUAUCAGUGCCUACAAGACGCCGCGGGACAAGGUGCAGUGCAUCCUACGCAUGUGCUCCACCAUCAUGAACCUACUGAGCCUGGCCAACGAAGACGCCGUGCCCGGCGCCGACGACUUUGUCCCCGUGCUCGUCUUUGUCCUGAUCAAGGCCAACCCACCCUGCCUGCUCUCCACCAUCCAGUACAUCAGUAACUUCUACGCCAGCCGGCUCGGUGGGGAGGAGAGCUACUGGUGGAUGCAGUUCACAGCCGCUGUGGAGUUCAUCAAGACCAUCGACGACCGCAAGUGAGGUGGGGCGGCCGGUCACGGGGGGAGGCUCCGUGACUGUCCCCCUGCCCGCCCCCUCCCUCUGUAUAGCUGUACAUAGAGCAUAGAGGACAGCAGACCUGACCUGCCCCGACCCAACCGAGGCUUGGGUCACCAGGAAACACCAAAACAGCUUUUCAACCAGAAACUGAAUUCCUGUCUUUUUUUUUAAUUGCCCAUCCUCUGUUUCUCUGACACUGACCAGCGGGUCUCUGCUUUUCAGAAUUUUAUAUCUAUUUAAACACAUAAUGAUACCGAUCAGACAGGUGGAAAAGGGACCACAGUGACAGUGUGCUCUUGGGCGUGCGCUGGCAUGGGGGCGUACCUGCAGUGGGGGCGUACCUGCAGUGGGGGCGUACCUGCAGUGGGGGAUGCUGCUUCGGCCCAUCAUAGACCUACCAGACCGAGCAGUUAGAUUCCAGGUGUCCCCAGCUUUUACCUGAAGGGUUUAUUUCAGCAUUCCUGGACAGUUUCCUGCGAGUCGCGCCUUAGGUAUACGCAAAUCGGUUAAGCUCACUCCACUGCGGCUUUUAAGCACAGGACGUGAGAACAGACGUGUUUGUAUUCCUGACUUACAGCUGGCUUGCUGGGUGGCUCUCUGCUUGAUGCUUUUUCCGCAAGUUUAUCCUGCCUGGUCUUGAGAUCGAUGGCGGGAGGGAGAGGACAAGGGAUGGCUUGCCGUGGUUUAGGAUGAGAACAGAUCCUGUGAAUUAUGAGGGACAAUCACAUCUCGCAGGUUCCAGAUUUUCCAAAGCUCCCUGAUUGGUCAGGUGUCAUGACCCUUCCCCACGCCAUUCACACCAUACCCUAGAAGCAGUGCCUUUGGAUGCGUGUGCCAGUUAUAGGGCACGGAGCAGCUCACUGCCCCACCAAGCAGGAGGGGGUUUACCAACUGGAUUGAAGGACCUCGGUCAACAACUCCCCCCACCCCGCCCUUCUGUUCCCCUUGCCACCAAAGACACCCCUCCCACUUUGAAUCCCCCUGGGUCAUUUAAGCCUCCCGGUCCCCCACCGUUUUUGGCAAACUAGCCGCCAUUUUUUUUUUUUUUGUAACAAACACUCUGUCUUUCAGUGUUAAAACUCCUGUUUUAAGUGUGCAGCUAGAUGGUGGAAUUCUUUUGGGAAAAAAUGAGGAUGAUCAUUUUAAUACAUGUAAGAAGAAUUCGCUUUAAGGUCAGCUGAAGUCCGCCUGCCUGGUUUGUUCCUCUCAUUGCGGUCGGGCCUCGUCUCGAACAAAUGGGUCAAUGCGUGUCGUGUGAGGCUGUCUCUCUAUCUGUCUCUCUGACUAUCUCUCUUUGUCUUUCUCUGUUUGGCCGAUGCGGAGAGCCCCCAUAACAGCGUGCGCUGACACAGGAUGUAAAUAUCUAGGCAUGCAGACACUGAUCUGAUUAAAGCUCUACCUCCUCGCAGGUUUCAGAAAGGGACUGUUAACUUUCAUGUAUGUUGGGGUUUUUUGGGGGAAGCGACUUUCCUAAAAACGUUCUCAUCUUCCCUGCAGUUAGAGGAAAGUGCUUGAUGAUGGGAGGCAUCACAGGGUCCCCGGUCCAGUGAUGGGUUCUGGCCUGGUUCUGGCUGCAGAUAGAGGAAUGUUCUGUUUAUGUGCACUUUUGGUAAUGGCUAAGUAUUGUAUGUCCCUGAUUGUGUUCUAUAAAUGCUUUUCUCCAUUGUAUUAAAAUAUAACAAAAACUCUAAUAUCCACUGACUUUUGACUUAAGUGGUGACUUCAGCCCUCCACUGAUUAUUUAGAGGAGGUCUAACAUUAUUUUCUUUUUUUGUGGUUCUUUAUAAAAGCCAGAUGGAGCAAAACUUUCUACCCAACUGCUAGUUGUUCCUUUAAGAAAAUUGAUGUCUUUCUCUCUGAUGUGUGUGUGCAGGAGAACCUCGGGGGUUACCCUGCCGUUCUCGGCGCUCUCAUAUGCUUGGGGUCACACUUGCACACCUUUCUCAGUCCCCUCAGUUGUGGCCAGCGGAGCCUCCACUUCCAAUGUUUUUACUGUGAAGGCGUGGGAUUAUUUUGCUGCUUUCCGGAGACUGCAGAGCUGAGAUUUCGAGACGUGCAAGGUGACGUGGAGUCUGUGACGUGGAAGACGUGAUGCAGAGCAGUUCUCAGGUCUGUACUUCUCUCAGACGCAUCUCCUUGGGUCUGUCUACACAAAUUCCAGCCGCAUUUCUAGUGUUACUUUAUGAAUAGGUGCUUAGAUAUAGGAAUAAACAUAGUUUAAAAUGUAGCUACAUCAACAGUAAUAUUGUAAUUUAGGUGGCAGGAUGAUGUCAUUACACAGGCCACCAUGUGAACUGCAAAGGUCUGUGUUUCUGGGUUUGACUGAACAGCAGGUCUACUUUGGUCUGCACUCUGGUUUUAGCUUGGUCUGGUUUCAUUUCCUAAGAAAGGACUGGUGUGACCUGGCCUGUGGGCCUGUUUGUAUAUAUACUGGAUGUCUAAUAAAACGCUAACAAUUUAUACAUUCAAA